AUGCCGGCGGAACACGCAUCUGGCAGUCACAAUUUCAACAACGCGCUAGGCCAAAUCAUUCUGGCGCGACGACUCGGCAAAACCUUCAUAAUCGCCGAAACAGGCGCUGGCCAACACGGCGUCACGACAGCAACUCUAUGCGCUCAAUUCGGCAUGAAAUGCACCAUCUAUAUGGGAUCCGAGGACUUCGGACGCGAGGAUUUGGAUGUUAUGCACAUGCGCAUCGUCGGCGCGGUGGUUACUCCCGUUGAUUCCGAGUACAGCGGCGGAAAGGGUACUAUCCGCGACGCAGUCAAUGAGGCCUUCCGUGUCUGGGAGACGGAGCUGCAGACCACGCAUUUCGUUAUCGGCUCGGCGUUUGGCCCGCAUCCGUAUCCGACUAUCGUGCGCACGUUCCAGACUGUCAUUGGCACAGAGACUCGAGCUCAGUUCACCGCGAUGAAUAAUGGUAGACUGCCUGAUGCAGUUGUUGCAUGUGUUGGUGGUGGGUCGAACGCUGUUGGUCUGUUCUACCCCUUCCUUGAUGAUUCAUCUGUUGCUCUUGUUGGCAUUGAGGGGCGUGGUGGAUGCAUGGCGGGUCCGAGUGAUGAGUCCAUUGAUAUCGUGCACGGGUUGCCGACUUAUUUGCCUUGUGACGAUGAUAGGGAGAAUGGCAAAACACAUUUUGUCUCUGCUGGGCUUGAUUACCCUGGUAUUGGACCUGAGUUAGCGAGUUGGAAGGAAUCUGGUCGGGCUAUGAUUGGUCCAGCGACUGGGGAGGAGGUCCUGAUGGCUUUUUCGUUGCUCAGUCAGCUUGAGGGAAUUAUACCUGGGCUUGAGAGUUCUUAUUCUGUUGCUGGGGCUGUGCGUACUGCCAAGGAGUUAGGGCCCGGGCAUAAUGUUGUUGUUUGUCUUAGCGGACGGGAAGAUGAUGUGGAGACUGUGGCGAGUAUUGUAUCUACUCUCGGGGUUGAUGAUGCCUAA